CACCACACCACCGCCCGCCGAAUAUUCCAAGCUUGCGACCGGCGGCGGCGGCGGCGAGGAGGCGGAGGAAGGGCAGGAGCAGGCCCUCAACCCUAAUUCUGCUCCCAUCGAUUCGGCGAGAGAGGCAACGGAUUUGCUAUGGCUAGAUCAGAUGAGGCGUUUCAGGCAGAGGCGAGAGCCACCGUGUUCUUUGGUGUUGUAACAUCUAAAUCCGAGCCACUCACGUUUGAUGAUUCCCUCAGAUUUGUCAGGAAAGUGAAGGCCCGUGAUCACAUGUUAUACCUGUCAUUGUUCGACAUUCUCGGCAGAAUGGACUUGUCCCAGCUGGAGGCCUACCGAGCGUUGCAGCUGCUGUUCCGAGAUCACCCUGACCUGUGCGAAGAGCUGGAGAAGUUCAGACCCCCCAUGCCCGCGAAACAGGCGCCGAACAAUAUCUGGCCAUGGGUCUUCGUGUGUGCUGUCCCUCUGGUUGCAGUGAGCCUGAUCCCGGCGCUGGGGAACCCGGUGCUGUGGUUUGUCCAGCAGACGCUCGGCGAGAAAAUGAAGGCGGCGGCGUGAUUCGAGCCGGCACUCAGUAAAUGUUGUAGCUCCUCGGCUGUUCGCGUUUAUCCCAUGAUUCAAUAAUGUAACUAAACAGAUACAUCCUCUAGUUUAUGUGGUGUAUAUAUAGUUUUAGAGCAACAUCCUGGAAGAACGAAAAUUGGUGGUAUGGGCCGUGAGGUAGGCAUUGGAAAGAAUUUUUUAGUGAGAAACUUGCAGAUUUGUGCAAAACGAUUAUGCACUGGAACGUGCUGUCAAGAACUGGAUCGAACUUCCCUGGCAUCCCAUUUACAUGCCGGGACAAUACUUCAUAUCAGAGUUGAACUUUCUGUA